AGUAGUGAGUUAUGACAGCAUUUGGAUUGCUUGAAAUACAUGGUUAAAUGCAGUUAUUCUUAAAAUUUUUACUAAUUCUUUUACAAAAUUUAGUUCAGCUUCAUUAAAUCUACAUCAUAUCGUUGUUAUAUAAGCUUCACAUAAGUUAAUUAUGUAUUUCCAUGAAUGUUUUCAAUUUUAUUUGUGAAGAAGAUGAAUGAUGUAAAAGUAUUGUAGAUCUGAGAUGUCAAAGGAUGGUCAAGGAUUGAGCACUCAAGAAAAACUGAAAUUGGAAUCAUGGGGAUUGCCAAAAUUGAUAUUACAGAAAUAUAUAGAGAAAGGAAUAACAACAAUGUUCCCUUGGCAGGUGGAAUGCCUUUGUUUGCCGAAUGUUCUCCAUGGUGGGAACCUUGUUUAUUCUGCUCCAACAUCAGCAGGAAAAACAUUGGUAGCGGAAAUAUUGACCAUUCAAACGAUUAUAGAAAGGAGAAAAAAGGCUUUCUUCAUUCUUCCAUUUAUUUCGGUUGUGCGGGAAAAAAUGCUCUACUUCAAGGACCUAUUAAAAAGCUCAGGUGUGAGAGUCCAUGGGUUUAUGGGGAGUCACUCUCCCCCUGGUGGAUUGGACGCCUGCAAUUUAGCAGUUUGCACCAUUGAGAAAGCAAAUGGUCUCAUCAACAGGUUAAUUGAGGAGAACAGUCUCGAAGACGUAGGAUGUGUGGUUGUUGAUGAAUUGCACCUUCUCGGAGAUCCGCAUCGAGGCUACUUAUUGGAAUUGUUGCUCGCUAAAUUGAGAUAUGUUAGCAAAAGGGAGUCACUUGUCAAAGUGCAGAUAAUUGGCAUGUCAGCGACGCUUCCCAAUUUGCCGGUGUUGGCUGAUUGGCUGGAAGCAGAUCUGUACAGCACCGACUUCAGACCUGUGCCUUUGACAGAGUACCUGAAAGUCGACUCAGUUAUUUAUCGUGCUCACGACAUGGACACCAAAUCGAUGACACUUCCCCAAUUCGAUAUCAAGGAUGAUCAUGGAAGUAUAAUAACUUUGUGCAUUGAUGCGAUACUUUCUGGACACUCAGCUCUGGUAUUUUGCCCUUCCAAAAAUUGGUGUGAGUCAUUGGCUCAACAAAUAGCUUCAGAAAUUUGCAAAAUGGGAUCUUCUAAUACAGCCUACAGCGUACAGCUCAAAGAGCAAUUGAAAAGCGCAGAAAUUGCAGAUUUACUUGAACAAUUGAGAAGGUGUCCUGUGGGAUUGGAACUUGCUCUUCGGAAGAGCGUUUCGUUUGGAGUUGGAUACCAUCAUGCUGGUUUGACAAUGGACGAGCGGGAGAUGCUGGAAACGUCAUUCCGGCAGUGCGUUCUUCGAGUGUUGGUGGCGACCUCCACACUUUCAUCAGGCGUCAACCUGCCGGCUCGUCGCGUCAUCGUACGAUCGCCCAUGUUUGGCGGGCGGCCGCUCGACGUACUCACCUACAAGCAGAUGAUCGGCCGAGCCGGACGUAUGGGCAGGGACACUGCAGGUGAGAGUUUCCUCCUGUGUAAAACAACAGAAAGAAGAGUAGGAGAAAUGCUAGUGAAGGGGAAUUUGCCUGCUGUUCGGAGCUGCCUUGGCCUUGGGGAUCUCUCAUCUAGUCUCAAAAGAGCAGUACUCGAGGUGAUUGCCAGUGGAGUUGUAUCAUCGCUGAGUGAUGUUGAAGAGUACACUGCAUGCACACUUUUCGCGGCUUGCCACAGAACAGAGCCCUCAAAUAGUAUGGAUGAGCCCAUUUCGGCUUGCUUGAACUUUUUGAAAAGUAACGAAUUCAUCACAAUCUCGGAUGAUGGACAGAUCACUCCGACCAGCUUGGGAGAGGCGUGUCUCAGUGCUUCUCUGCCUCCAGACCAGGCUCUGCGACUGUUGUCCGAGCUGUACAAAGCCCGGCAGUGCUUUGUGCUUGACUCUGAACUGCAUAUCAUCUAUCAGGUGACACCAUUCAGUGUGAGUGAGCAAUGGCGACAGUUGGACUGGAUGAGUGCGUUUGCCCUGUGGGAGGGUCUGUCAGCCAGCAUGCAGCGAGUGGGCGAAAUGGUCGGCGUCGAGGAGAGAUUCCUCGUGCGUGCCAUCAGAGGCAACAUCAACACAAACUCUUCCGAUCAGAUGGAAAAACUGUCAAUAUUCCGUAGAUUUUACACUGCACUCGCUCUUCAAGACCUUGUCAAUGAGGUGCCUCUGGUCAAAGUUUCAGAAAAGUACAAGUGUUCGAAAGGAAUGUUGCAAUCGCUUCAACAGUCAUCUUCAACAUUUGCAGGUAUGGUGACACAGUUCUGCAAGAGAUUGGGCUGGUCAAGUAUGGAGCUGCUAGUUUCGCAGUUCGCUGACCGACUGCAUUUCGGGGUUCACAGGGAACUCAUCGACUUACUGCGUGUGGAUUGCAUGAGCGCAGUGCAAGCGCGAGCCUUAUUCAAUGCCAAGAUUGGGACUCUGUCAAAACUGGCUACCGCCAAAGUCGAAAAGGUCGAAAAGGCACUGAGAAGCGCUAUUCCAUUUGAAAGCAAUAAGGUAGAACCAGCAGCGAAUAGUGAACACAUGAAUAGAAAGCAUAUCUGGCUGACUGGGAGAUCCAGUCAAACUGAAAGAGAAGCAGCGCAUCUUUUAAUACGAGAAGCACGUGAAUUUUUGCAGGCUGAACUGGGAUUGGAAACUGCUAAAUGGACCGAGGAAAGUUCACUGGCUAUAAUUGAGAACGAAGGCCAACCAUCAAGUGUGAAUUCAAAUCUUGAUACGAAUAAAGAGGAAGCAGAAAAUUCUGCGGAAGGAUCACUCACUCAAUUCCAAGUGGAUGAAAGAGAUUCGACAGCCGGGGACGCAGUGCACAUAGGACUUCAGCCCAAAACUGACACGCCUCAUAAUGAUGAAAUGAAAAUAGCUGAGGAUGAUACAAUACUGGUUACUGGAAAUGAAGAAAAUGGGGCCCAGGAUGCAAUACUGAUCACUGGAAAUGAAGAAAAUGGAGUUCAGGAUGCAAUACUGAUCACUGGAAAUGAAGAAAAUGGAGUUCAGGAUACAAUACUGGUCACUGGAAAUGAAGAAAAUGGGGUUCAGGAUAUAAUACUGAUCACUGGAAAUGAACAAAAUACAGACUGUAGAGAUAAAGAUAAUGCCGAUGACAGAGUUAUUGAGAAUUCUCAAAUAUUUGAACCUGAUGUGGAUUCUUUGAGUCAUUUUAAUGCUGCAAUAGCUGUCAAUUGUGAAAAAUAUGAUGAGGGUAGUCUAAUUCCAAAUGAAGCUGAACCAGAAACUGAUAUUGAAUUCAACAAACAUCAAGAAUCAUGUGUGAAUGACGUUAGUUCUGAGGUGAAAAAUAUCGAGGGAAAUAAUUCAAAUCAAAUUGAUGCUGGAAUAAAAAGAGUGGAAGAAAAUGUUGAGUGUGGUGAUGAUAUAAGAGAGUUGAAUGGCGAGAAUACCAAAAGCCAAAAAAGUACAAGGCAUAGUAUUGAUUUAUUCGAAUCAUCAUGUGAGUCAUCAUGUAGUUUAAAUUUGGAAUACACAAUCACCCCACCUCCCUCCACUCCAACGUCUACAAAAAACGAGUCGAUUCGUGAUGGUAUUGAUAGAGAUAUUGAAAAUCAAGAAGCGCAUACUGUUGAAAAUCAUGAAGAUCUUGAUAUGUUUGAAAAUCAUGAGAUUGAUAACAAUGAUAACUGUGUUCCGGCAGAGAAACCAAAACAUGAAUUCAAGUUUCCAACGCAGGAUGGUGAUUUUAGUUUGAGAGAUUUGAAUUUGAGUGAAGAAAUGUUUGGUCGGCCUGAUGAUACUCGAAGAAGUGAUAAUUUAAACGAUGCUGUAACUAUCGAUGACGCAAAAGCGAAGAAUGUGAUAAGCCUAUAUGAAGCCGAUACGGUAUUGGUGGAAACGUCUCAAACUAUGUUACCAGAAACAUCCGUCAAUUCUCCUGAUGUUUUCUCCUCUAAUAGACUGAAAUUAAUGAGCAAUGUUAGAGUUAGUACUCCCUUAUCCAAUGUUAAUAUUAAUAGAAAUAUAAUGAACAUAUUUAAACAUUCGCCUAUCUGUGAUAACAUAAAAAGUAAGCAAGCAGUUGAUAUUAGACCAAACUCUCUAGAAGAUAUGGAUAGUAAUUGGGGAGGUGGAAGUAUAUUAGAAAACUCAUUCUUGUUUUCAGUUGUUGAAACCAAAAAACGGAAAUUGUCAUUGCCUUUUGAAGAUGAUGCCAAACGCUUGAAGACUAGUCAUGAUGUUGAACAGAUGAGGAAUAAUGAGAUGAGUAUUUUGCCUGACAAACAGACAAAUGCAAUAGAUCAUAAAUUAGUCGAUGAGAGAGAACCAGCAACAAAGAAAAGGAGGACAUCUUUGUUUGAUUCAUUAUCAGUUGAUACUCAACUUUUCAAUGUGUUGGAUCAAUUCAGUGGGCCUGGUCCAUCUAAACUGAAGACCCCUCCCGUUGAAAAAACAACUCCAAAGAAUUAUGCUACAGAAAUUAAGGAAGCUGAUAACUGUGAUUCAAUUUCUUUCGAUGAAGAUUUCAUCCCCUCUACACCAAAUGAUAAAAUCAGUUCUUCUAGUAAUAAUUACUGUUCAAACAAACUGUCCUUCUUAACAAAAACACAACUAAAGUCAGUUCAAGAUGAUGAUGAUGACGAUGAUACGGUUGCUGGAACUCCUGUUGAAAAGUGUAGCUCAUUGUUGAACAAAAGUAUUUCAUCGAUUCAUAGCAGUAGGUUCUCUAGAAAAACACAUUUCACCUCUCUCUUUGGAAAAUCUGUAGUCACAAACGAUUGUUCUAUAAAAAAUACAGAACCAGCUCCAGUAUUGAAAAAAUCAGUAUCCGAAAGUGUCAAGCCAGAAGAAGUAAUGAAGCCACCCAUUAUUAUGGGACCUCCGUCUAUAACAGUGAAUAGAAGGCAUUCUAAAAAACGGGACUCGUUAUUAUUUCCUGAGCUUCAUUUGAAAAGACAGAAUGGUUGCAGGCUUCCUGUCAACAAUGAGUUAUCGAGUUCACUAUUAGAGGCAGCUGCUGGGAUGCAGUCGAUGUAUGAGUUCAACAAAACCAAUAUUAAUGACCACAGCUCGUGUCAUAACAGUAAACAAGUCAGUAUUAAUGCUGAAAGUAAAGUUGAUGCACCCACAACUAGCGAUUUCAAUUUAGAUGAUUAUAUUUUAAGCUCUCAAGACGAUAUUUCGCUGAUGUCCAGUGGUGUGUACACGAGAGCAAUGGCCGCCAAAAUGAAUUCAAGCUCCGAUGUGGCUGUCACUUCCCCUUCACGAAUUCAAUCUCCAUGUAGAUAUAGAAACAGUGAUCAGCCAUCUACUUCUAAAUCAGUUGGUACGCCUUCAAAGAAAGUCACAUCUCCGGUCAACAGGAAAACACAAAUUUCAAAUACUGACACUACUGAGCAUAAGUGCAGUGAAUCUCCUUCAAAGAAAUUCGCAUCUCCAGUCAUCAAGAAAACACAGACUUCAAAUACAUCUGUCACUACUGAGCAUGUGAGGAGUGAAUCGCCAUCAAAGAAAUUCGUAUCUCCAGUAAAUAAGAAGGCACAAACUUCAAAUAUAUCUGUCACUACUGAGCAUGCGUGCAGUGAAUCGCCUUCAAAGAAAUUUGCAUCCCCAGGAAAUAAGAAAACACAAACUUCAAGUCUAUCGGUGACUACGGAACAUGUGUGUGGCGAUAGUUUGAAAUUACAACACUUUGAAAAAGAGUUAGCGAAAAGAAGGAUAUUGGCGGUUGGUCUAGAUGUGAUGAAACAGGGGGAAUCCAGAUCGAAAUCCAUAGGCGCCCGUAUCUUAGGAAACCGUUCGCAAACAAGUGAUACAAGCGGCGAUUUCUGUUGCGGUAACACUACUCUCAUUGGAAUAGCCAUCUACUGGGGCGAAUCAUCGCUGUACUACUUGGACUUGAGAAAAUCCGACUGUCCAUGUGUGCCGAUCAUAAAAGCAUUGUUCAAACAAGAAAACAUCACUAUAGUCAUCUAUGAUUUGAAACCAACCAUUAAACUGCUGAAGAACUGUAUGGGAACUGACUUCUGGUGUGAAGGAAGUGAUCCCAUAAUUGCCGACUGGAUGUUCACGCCUUUCAGCAGAUGUCGGUCUUUACAGAACAUGGUGAAAACCAACAACAUCAAGUGUCCUCAGUACGACUGCAACGUUACUGUAGGUGCUGACACUAUCAAGUUAUGGUCAUUGAAUUUACUGCUCGAGAAGAAAUUGAAGCAGGCUGAACUUCUUAUGUCAUAUAAAUCUGUUGAAAUGCCGGUACAAUUCACACUGAGCCGCAUGGAGAGCAUUGGCUUCAGAUUCGACCGAGAAUAUGCCGAGCUGUUGAUGGAUCGUGUCGACAUAAAAAUGUCCGAACUUCAGGAGACAGCUUUCCAAAUUGCUCAAAGAAAAUUCAACAUGAGAUCAAAAGCUGAUCUAAACAAGGUUUUACAACUCUUGGGUGAUACACAUGAAGGUGAAAAUGUGCUAUCGGAGACUGUCAAAAAAUGGGGUAAACUAUAUACAUUGAAAACAAAGUCUUUGGGUCCGUUCUUAUUAGAAAGUGGAGCAAGACUGUAUGGCUGCUACACAACUUGCACGCAAACAGGCAGAGUGUCAAUGAAAUUACAAAACGUCCCCAAAGAUUUACAAAUCGAUGAUGAAGUGUUCAGCUUACGAUCUGCCUUUCUACCAUCUCCCGGUUUUGUACUGAUAUCAUCUGAUUACUGCCAAUUGGAAUUGAGAUUGCUAGCUCACCUUUCUCAAGAUACCUGCCUUCUAGAUGCUUUUCGAACGUGCGAUGAUGUAUUCAUUAGUAUUGCAGCUUCAUGGCAUUCAAUUCCCGACUCUCAGGUAACUGAUGAAAUGCGGCACCAUACAAAACAGAUAUGUUAUGGGUUGAUCUACGGCAUGGGUGUGACCAGUUUGGCAGAGCAGCUGGAGUUGACUGAGGCUGAUGCAAGGGAGAUGAUGCGCUCUUUCGAAGAGGCCUAUCCUGCUCUGCAGUCCUACUUGGCCAAGGUCGUUGCUCAGUGUCAAGCUACUAAGCAAGUUCGAACCAUUCUCAACAGAGUGCGCUAUUUGCCUGACAUUGCUAGCAAAAACUCAUCUCUCAGAAGUCAGGCGGAAAGACAAGCGGUCAAUACAACAGUUCAAGGAUCAGCUGCGGACAUAGCAAAGCUUGGCAUGCUCAAAGUUGAGAGAAAAUUGUUGAAUUCCUGCCCUGGAUCAAAUAUUCUACUUCAAUUACAUGAUGAACUCAUAUAUGAGGUACCCGAGAAUCACCUUGAAGAUGCAGUAACAAUAAUCCGCACAGAGAUGGAAAACACGAAAACUCUGAGUGUUCCUCUGCCUGUCAAAAUCAAAGUUGGGCCUUCCUGGGGACAAUUAGCUCUAUACAACUUUGUCAAUUAAUUAAUAAGUGUUAUGCUACUAUAUGUAUAAAAAUUUGAAUUUUCUGUAUACACUAUUAUUAUUUUACUAUUUUAAUUAUUUAUUGUCAUACUUCUACAACUCAUCUGCAUUUAUCAUAAACUUUCACAAAAUCUUCAUUUUACAUUUACUGAAUCUGUAUUAUCAAUGUAGAUAUUAUUAAUUUAUUGCAUGUUUCUUAGAAAUAUUUUAUAAUAUGGUUUUAAUGCAGAUACUAUUGAUUAUAGAUGUUCAAAUUUCAAAGCAAUUCCAUAAAUAUUUUUUCAAUUAACAUUUUUAUAGCAUGUAUAGCAUGUAUAGAUUGUAUCAUAAUGUUGAAUAAUUGUUAUAUAAAGUUUUAUUGAGU